UUCGUCCAAUCCUUUCGGAAUCCUUCCACUGAUCCAAUCACAGCGCUUUACGUAAUAUGACGUCCAAGAGCGCCAAAUGCGAUUCUGUUUACGGAAGUCACAGAGGGGUACCGCGUGAACUGAUUAUUCAGAUGUGUCUAGCGUUUUAAUUUCAGUCAUAUGGUUUAUGAAGUAAUUUCACCGUUGUCGAGUUCUAGCUUUAUUUAAAGUCCAUAUCUCAUGGAUAUAGAGGUCGAUAUAAUUGAUUUUAAAGUCCCUCUCGAAAACAACAAAACUAUUUUCGUUUGGGACAUUCAGCCAACAUUUUCAGAGGCUUACAUUUAUGAGUCCCUGUGGAGCGUGUAUUCAACAUUUGGAGCUCUUUACCUGCUGAAGGUCUGUCCCAAUGCCACGGUGGCAGAACCUGGGUUCUAUGCACUGGUGAAGUUCUACUCAUCGGCACAGGCGUCUAAAGCUCAGCGGGCCACUGAUAAACAGUGUCUUUUCCAAAGUUCUCCUUUAAAGGUCCGAUUGAGCACGAAGCAGAAUCUGUCCUUUUAUAGCACUAAACCUCUCAGCCUUUCCAAAUGUCACAACCUGGCUAAUCACUAUCUGGGCUUUGGCGGCUGGUCUACUCGCAUUAUUACUCUGAAGGACAUCUCAAGAUGCAUGGACGCAGGGUGCCAAGAAGAAACAGAUGACCAGAGCGUUCUUUUGAAAUAUGGUUGCAUAGCAGAGUUGACCUUCCAACAGCAUGGAAUGAGCUGCCAGGGGGUCGGUGUGGCAGAGGAGAUAAUCGACAACGAUCGAGAUCCAGAGGAAAAGCUGAGAAAAAGAGGGACGCUAAUGAAACGUGCCAAAGACAAAGCUGUAGUGGCUGCCUUUGAAAAAGUGCUUCUCAUGAUCUUGGGAAAUGGGAAAGUAGCGAUUGAGAUCAAGUAUGAUCCAGAUGAGAUCCUUCCAGAAGAGAACUCAGAAGGAGUCAUAAAAGUAAAUGACAUCUGGAAUGAGUUUGAAGAUGCUGACAGUAAUACUGAGGAGGAUUUCCCAUGGGACCUCACAGUAGACCUCCCUCACUGACACCCACUCAACUUUCUUAACCCACACAGUUGCUAAUGUUUUCCGGAUAAGUAACCACUGAAAAUGAUAUAAGUUUUCUCUUUAAUGUUUAGUAUUGACCAUAAUGUGUGCAGUAUUACGGUCAUCUUCUGUAGUUAACCUCCAAAUUUCUCAGAUUCCUCUUCUCUAUCUCCAAAGCAAUUCUCAGUGUUUUUUUUUUUAUGUGGCUGAUACUAGCAUGACCACACAGGUUGAGGUUUGAAGGCCAGGUCAGAUGUCAAGCCA